AUGAGUAAGGUUUACUCAGAGCGGCGCGAACCAUGGCAGGAUGAUCCGCUACUUUUCUUUCCAAACGUGGACGAUUUCAAACCUCAGGCGUUGAAAGCUAUUCGACAAAUCUGCGACACAAAACAGUUGGCUACUUUUUCGCUUGGGUCUACUAUAACCCUUGCUGACCUAGGAGAGAGCAAAGUGCAUCCUUCCAGCAAUUUGCGUGGAGCUUCGGCAAAGCGGCGUGCCCCGGAAGAGGGUCUGAUUCAGCUAUCCCUUGCAAAGGCAAAGCAGGCUAUCUCGCAUAUAAAGAAUACAACAGACACUCGGUUACCGUCAAGGUCUCUUGCAGACACUGAGAUAAUUGAUCUGAUCUGGCUGGAAAUCAUGGGGGGAGACGACGCGCGACAUCACUUGCGUGCAGGUACCAACGGGGUGUUGUCAGACGCAAACAAGCAAACAGGGCACUUCUCCUUUUAUGAGCUAGUGACAAAGGAAGAGAUUGCCCCUGCAUUGUCGUCCGGAGUUCCUUUUGCGCUGGCUCUCAAGCACUUCGACCACAUAACGACCACAAAGAGUGAGUUGUACUUGGAAGUAAUUAAUCACAACCCUCGUAAUAGCACAGAAAGAUAUGUUAAUUGGGAGAAGUGUAUGAGAGUCUUUGGCCUUCUCCCUACUUUUAACAUUGAUUUACUUUUCAAAGGUCGUGAGCUAGCCAGUGGUUCAGACGUUCAACUACUUUUCGAUGUCCUCCACGAAUUUCAUCGGGCAGCUACCGGGACUGGCUUGGUCCUCACUCACACCUGCCUAGAACUUGCUCUACUGGAUGAGCUCUGCAAAGCUUCAAUGUCAACACCACUCAGCAUCAAGCAACUGAAUAAUUUAUAUGCAAAUUCCCGGUCUAUGGCGUGUGCUAAUCUUCCUCAAAAAGCAGUCCUAGUCUCCACACGCAAUGUCACACCAACUGCCCAGAGCACUCCAUCUCAGCCUAACACACGAAGUCAAUCUUUUUGCAACCCUGUUUGCAGAGGCUCGGUGACAAUGGAUGAUGUGAAAAGCAUGUUGACACCGUCAACUCCUUCUAAGAAAGAUUACCACAAAGAUAACUUGGCGUUGAUUAACGAUUUGUCCAAAAGGAACAGGGAACAAAAAGAGAUGGACCGCGAGUCCCUCCUCCGGCGCGUAAGCAACACAGCCUACAGUUCGAUUUUAUCGGCUCCUGGAACACCACGGUCAGACCGCUCACUAUCUGCCCGGACUCCAAGUACCAAACGACCCACAUCAACUCCCAACAGGAGCAAAACUCUAAGUGAGACAGCCAUAAGAACAGUCCUCAAAAGGCUCCAACCCGACGACCUUCCACCAACUGUCCGCAACAAGCUCUCAUUGGAUGCUCUACGCCGUCUUGAACGCAGUGGAGUCAUAACAUAUGAAAAUCUGCUCGAAGCAUUCAAUGCGAACAAGCAUCAGUUACACUCGUUUCUCACUGCAUUCACCGAUGCAACUAGCUUCUCGAUAGAUUCGCUGGCACGAGACUCCAUAGGUAGCGCCGAUACUAGCUUUACAGUGGGCUGCCUUGGCCAAACCCUAGCCUUUGGAACAACUGCAUCUGUAUCUACAUCAAGAGGAGUUGUCACGCAAGCAGAUCUCGUCCUUUUUAGCAAACAAUAUAGGAAGAUACUUUUUGAUGUUCUGUCUUUCGAUUCUUCUGGAUUGGGUUUUUCUUCUCAGGAUAUUGAGGCGAAGAUGAAAGCACAUGCAUCCUUUUUGGAGUCUGCUGCUAAAGACAAGGAGAGCAGGCUUCUCAAUGAGCAGGUAAAGCAGCUGCAAUCGAUUCUUCAGUUGUCGGCAAGUGUAGCAAGCACGUACAACAUAACGCGACAAAAUCUUCUUUUGAAGGCGACAUUUAUCAUUGAGAACUGGCUUCGCGGGAGCGGUUGUAUUCCGCCCUCAGAAGUCUCUGUUGAGUCGCCAAUCUAUGAUCCUUAUCGUAAUGGAAUAGCAGUCAUACAAAUCUUCAAUCUCGUUUAUCACAAGAGCGACUUUUUCCGAGAAAUGCGGAUGAGACUAAGCCUCACUGACGAUCUCUAUGCAUGCUACUCUACUGUUGGCCGAGUGACACGCCAGACUGAGAAGUCUAGUGACGCUGUGAGGCCGCGCUCUAACUCUCUGCGUGCAUCUAUUUCUUCAGAAAGUGCGAGAGGUAUUGGAACCCAGGAUAUAGCUACUGGGGACUACGGCCUCCAGCUAGCUCAAACCAAGGACCAAGGUCUGCUGUUUCCGCGACAUCAGGCUCCAAUCAAUAUUUCUGAUUGUAUACACAACAAUAAUACUCUUCUGAGAAAGCUAGCUGCUACUGAGUCUGUUCCAUCCGGUCUGCUUCCAACAGCAGAUGCACUUGUCCAAGGAGACUUUAGCUCUCUUCAGUUCCUUCUCCUCCUGCUCUACCUAUUUGAUGCCCUUCGGCAAAUUUUCGAAUCAAGGAGAGAGGUAGCCAAAAGAUCUACCAACGGUUUAUCUAUUGACGAUCUUUGUCUUCAGGAAUUUAGCGCCCUUCUUUCGGAGAUAGUAGACCUGUAUGGACCGAAGACAGACCAGUUACUCCAAGCACAACGCGGGCCAAAACCUAUCCCACGAACAAAGGAUGAGCUUUCUCGAAUCAAUGGAAUAUGCUAUAGCGUGCUGCUCUGUCCCAACAGAGCCAGAAAGCUGUUCAGUAGCUUGUCUGGUGUGCAGCCCAUUCAAAUACCGCAGGCGCUGGCUCCUUCUAAGCGAGCCAGUUCUAUAAGCUCUCUCCAGAAAAGCAUGAGCAUGGCUACAACCAGUAACACCCCCCAAAGCACCAACCUAGCCAAUGUUGGAGAAGACGAAAAGGAAAUCAUAUCGUACUUUUCUGCAUUGGAAGCAGCCCAUAUGACAGACUAUACUAAGCAAGCUGAGCAAUACAAGAAGCUAGAAAAUGCCUUGAGUAAUUGGCUGUAUUCACUGGAUUGUUUACCCGAGCCAUACAUGAAGAUAGUAGACAUUGCAUACUUUCUUAGGGAUGGAGUUGGACUGUGUAAGAUAGUGAGCGAAAUCUUUAAACUAACUUUAACGCCGAUUGAUCCAUGCCCAAAAUCGGCGAACAUCCAACUUGGGAACAUCAAGCGUGCGUUGAAAUUCGCAAGAGAUAGCUAUCAGUAUAGAUCUGUGCCUAUCCCGUUUAUUGAUGCAUUCGAGGAAACUGCUGUGAGUAUCCAACGGGCAGAGGUGGGAGCGGUGCUAAUUCUAAUGCGUGAGCUUUAUAGGGUCUUUUCUAUAUUGCGCAGAGAAACCAGUAUUGGUGGUAGAGCUAUGGCUUCUAUCGGCGUCUCCUCUACUGGGGUUGCAUAUAAGUUGAAGGCUAGCAGAAGAUCUCCAAGUCUUUCAGCAAGCUUAUCCGCAUCUCCUGGAAGCUUUCAGCGAAGCUUGUGUACUAGAGAAGCAGAGCCUUCAAAUAGUAAGAUACUACAACUAGUAUAUGCGAUAGAUAACAUUGAGACGUAUGCGGAUUCAACCCCUUUAGAGUCAGAUAAAUCAGUAUACAUCUCAGACUGUCUUGUUCGUGCCCCAGAAGAGAUGCACGCCUGGAAGCUUCCCAGUGUGGCCUACCCGCUGGUCAGCAUGCAACCAACAAUGGUAUGCCUGCCAUAUUCUGUGAAAGGAGAGGACUUUGUGUCACUUCCACAGAACUUGACAGAGAAUGUGGAGCCAGAUGAGGAGGUGCCCAUAGUAGUAACAGCAGCUUUGGACAAAUAG